GAGACCAGCCUGUCCAAGAUGGUGAAACCCCAUCUGUACUAAAAAUACAAAAAUUAGCUGGGCGUGGUGGCGCACACCUGCAGUCCCAGCUACUUGGGAGGCCGAGGCAGGAGAAUCGCUUGAACCCAGGAGGCAGAGGUUGUGGUGAGCUGAGAUCGUGCCAUUGCACUCCAGCCUGGGCAACAAGAGAGAAACUCUGUCUUUAAAAAAAAAAAAAAAAAGCUCCAGAUAGUAAAUAUUUUAGGUUAUGUAGAUGCAGAUAGUAAAUAUUUUAGGUUAUGUAGACGUUCUGGUCUCUGUCACAGCUGCCCAACUCUGCUGUGGUACUAGGAAAACAGCCAUAAACAGUAUGUACAUGAACAGAUAUGGGUAUUUACCAAUAAAACUUCACAGAAAUAGCCUUCAGGCUGGAUUUAUCUCAUCUCUGGGGACCUUUGCUCUAUAGCAAUGAGAAUAAAUAGACCAUGCACAAAACAUGAAAGAAUCUUAAAACAUGUUGCAUAAUGUCAGACGCAGAAAGUUAAUACACAUGAUUAGAUUUUUAGAGUUCAGAAGCGGGCAGAACAAAUCUUUGCUAUUAGAAAUUAUGAGAGUGCUGGGGGAUGGUGGUGGUUAUGAUUGGAAUACGGCAUGAGGGCCUUCUGGAGUGCUCAGAAUGUUUUGUUUCUUGAGCUUAAGAAAGAAUGAUUCAGGCUGGGCGUAGUGGUUCAUGCCUGUAAUCCCAGCACUUUGGGAGGUCAAGGUGGGCAGAUCACUUGAGGCCAGGAGUUCAAGACCAACCUGGCCAACAUGGUGAAACCCCAUCUCUACUAAAAAUACAAAAAUUAGCCAGGCGUGAUGGUGCAUGCCUGUAAUCCCAGCUACUUAGGAGGCUGAGGCAGGAGAAUAGCUUGAACCUGGGAGGUGAAGGUUGCAUUGAGCCAAGAUCGCGCCACUGCACUCCAGUCUGGGCAACAGGGUGAGACUCCUAUCUCAAUAAAAAAAAAAAAAAAAAAAGAAGAAAGAAUGAUUCACACUCCUAUAGUGAAAUUUGAACCUCAUGGAAUGUAUCCUGUCAGGUAUAAUGUCAGUGAAUGGCAAGAAAGUUCUUCAUAUGGAUCGAAACCCUUACUAUGGAGGAGAGAGUGCAUCUAUAACACCAUUGGAAGAUUUAUACAAAAGAUUUAAAAUACCAGGAUCACCACCCGAGUCAAUGGGGAGAGGAAGAGACUGGAAUGUUGACUUGAUUCCCAAGUUCCUUAUGGCUAAUGGUCAGCUGGUUAAGAUGCUGCUUUAUACAGAGGUAACUCGCUAUCUGGAUUUUAAAGUGACUGAAGGGAGCUUUGUCUAUAAGGGUGGAAAAAUCUACAAGGUUCCUUCCACUGAAGCAGAAGCCCUGGCAUCUAGCCUAAUGGGAUUGUUUGAAAAACGUCGCUUCAGGAAAUUCCUAGUGUAUGUUGCCAACUUCGAUGAAAAAGAUCCGAGAACUUUUGAAGGCAUUGAUCCUAAGAAGACCACAAUGCGAGAUGUGUAUAAGAAAUUUGAUUUGGGUCAAGACGUUAUAGAUUUUACUGGUCAUGCUCUUGCACUUUACAGAACUGAUGACUACUUAGAUCAACCGUGUUAUGAAACCAUUAAUAGAAUUAAACUUUACAGUGAAUCUUUGGCAAGAUAUGGCAAAAGCCCAUACCUUUAUCCACUCUAUGGCCUUGGAGAACUGCCCCAAGGAUUUGCAAGGCUAAGUGCUAUUUAUGGAGGUACCUAUAUGCUGAAUAAACCCAUUGAAGAAAUCAUUGUACAGAAUGGAAAAGUAAUUGGUGUAAAAUCUGAAGGAGAAAUUGCUCGCUGUAAGCAGCUCAUCUGUGACCCCAGCUACAUAAAAGAUCGGGUAGAAAAAGUGGGCCAGGUGAUCAGAGUUAUUUGCAUCCUCAGCCACCCCAUCAAGAACACCAAUGAUGCCAACUCCUGCCAGAUCAUUAUUCCACAGAACCAAGUCAAUCGAAAGUCAGAUAUCUACGUCUGCAUGAUCUCCUUUGCGCACAAUGUAGCAGCACAAGGGAAGUACAUUGCCAUAGUUAGUACAACUGUGGAAACCAAGGAGCCCGAGAAGGAAAUCAGACCAGCUUUGGAGCUCUUGGAACCAAUUGAACAGAAAUUUGUUAGCAUCAGUGACCUCCUGGUACCGAAAGACUUGGGAACAGAAAGCCAGAUCUUUAUUUCCCGCACAUAUGAUGCCACCACUCAUUUUGAGACAACGUGUGAUGACAUUAAAAACAUCUAUAAGAGGAUGACAGGAUCAGAGUUUGACUUUGAGGAAAUGAAGCGCAAGAAGAAUGACAUCUACGGGGAAGACUAACAGCAGUACAUGUUAUUACCUGAUUAGGACACAUUUAAAAUUUGGCAAAUAAUGCAUAUAAUGAAAUCAAUAUUGUAAGGCCUGCUUUUGUAAUGAAAAUGGAGAGAAUGAAGAGCGCUGUGCCAGUAAAUACUCCCCUUCACCUUUCUAAUUAUUAACUUGUUUUCAUGGAGUGGCUAUUCAGCAUUGGCAGUUACCACAUUCUGUUCAAUUUAACCAAACUGGCUUUUUUUUUUUUCUAGUGAGGUUAAACAAACAUUGGGAUACCGACACAGACAACUUGAGACCGUUUUUUUAAUCUUUUAAUCAGUGUAGCUAUGUGCUUCUGCUGCUCAAGAGCUGGAUCCAUACAGGUUGUGUGCCAUCUGUCCUCUUGAGGUUCAGGAGAUUCUAAAUUGCAUAUUCCACGGUUUGGGACAGCAUCCGGAAGUUUUCCCUAUGACUUUAUAUUUUGUAUUAUGUCAAAUGUUAUGGCAGGGCCCAAAUAGCAUAGCCACAAGUUUGGUUUAUGUGGGCAUAAAAUUCUAACCAAACCCCAGACAUAGGGAGUCAUUUGGAGAAAGCCUGUAUGUGGUGUUUUAACCUAAUAAAGUUGAUGAGAGAGAAGGGGAGAGGAAGCGAACAUAAAGCGGGUCAAGUGUAGUGCAUCUUUUGUAUCUCAGGUGUGGCUUCUUCAGUGGACCAAGCUGCAAUGCAGUAUUGACUUGACAGAGCCUCUACUUCUGUCUCAAAAUGGCUCCAAAUGAUUUCUGUACUGCAAAAUAAAGCCAAAUUCUGGAAACUA